AUGGAAGACGUGAAGCUGGAGUUCCCCUCCCUGCCACAGUGCAAAGAAGAUGCCGAGGAGUGGACCUAUCCCAUGAGACGAGAGAUGCAGGAAAUUUUACCUGGAUUGUUUUUAGGCCCAUAUUCUUCUGCUAUGAAGAGCAAGCUACCUGUACUACAGAAACAUGGAAUAACCCACAUAAUAUGCAUAAGACAAAAUAUUGAAGCAAACUUUAUUAAACCAAACUUUCAACAAUUAUUUAGAUAUUUAGUCUUGGAUAUUGCAGAUAAUCCAGUUGAAAAUAUAAUACGUUUUUUCCCAAUGUGUAAAGAGUUUAUUGAUGGAAGCUUACAAACUGGAGGUAAGGUUUUUUUUUCCUAAAAUUUUUUUCUGUUCUUCAGUGCUGCCUUUGUCAUUGCAUACAUAAUGGAAACCUUUGGAAUGAAAUACAGAGAUGCAUUUGCUUAUGUUCAAGAAAGAAGAUUUUGUAUUAAUCCUAAUGCUGGAUUUGUCCAUCAACUUCAGGAAUAUGAAGCCAUCUACUUAGCAAAAUUAACAAUACAGAUGAUGUCACCACUGCAGAUAGAAAGAUCAUUAUCUGUUCAUUCUGGUACUACAGGCAGUUUGAAGAGAACUCAUGAAGAAGAAGAGGAGUUUGGAAACAUGCAAGUGGCAACUGCACAGAAUGGUUGA